AUGGAUAACUACCAAAAACUUGAAAAGAUCGGUGAAGGCACGUAUGGCGUCGUGUACAAGGCACGCGAUCUCUCGGCCGGGGGGCGCAUUGUGGCCCUCAAGAAGAUCCGGCUAGAGGCCGAGGACGAGGGCGUGCCAUCGACGGCUAUCCGCGAGAUCAGCCUGCUCAAGGAGAUGCGUGACUCGACCAUUGUGCGACUGCUCAACAUUGUGCACGCCGAGGGCCACAAGCUCUACCUCGUCUUCGAGUUCCUCGAUCUCGACCUCAAAAAGUACAUGGAGGCGCUGCCGGUUUCGGACGGUGGCCGCGGCAAGGCGCUUCCCGAAGGCACCGGCUCGCGUCUGCAACAUCUCGGCCUCGGCGACGACAUCAUCAAGAAGUUUAUGAGCCAGCUGUGCGCCGGUGUUCGCUACUGCCACAGCCACCGCAUCCUGCACCGCGACCUCAAGCCCCAAAACCUGCUGAUCGACAAGGACGGCAACCUCAAGCUGGCCGACUUUGGCCUCGCCCGUGCCUUUGGUGUCCCUCUGCGUACCUACACCCACGAGGUCGUCACGCUGUGGUACCGCGCCCCCGAGAUUCUGCUUGGUGGCCACCAGUAUUCCACCGGCGUCGACAUGUGGUCCGUCGGCUGCAUCUUUGCCGAAAUGGCCACCCGCAAGCCGCUUUUUCCGGGCGACUCGGAAAUUGACGAGAUCUUCAAGAUUUUCCGCCUCCUGGGCACGCCGACCGAAGACGUCUGGCCCGGUGUCACCACAUAUCCCGAUUUCAAGGCGUCCUUCCCGCGCUGGAUACAGGACACAGACACGCCGCUGUGCGCCAGCCUUGAGCCGGCAGGCCAGGAGCUGCUGGAGCUGAUGCUCAUCUACGACCCAGCCAGCCGCAUCUCGGCCAAGCAGGCCUGCAACCACCCGUACUUUGACGACCUGGCCAGCAAGCCGCAGAGCCGCACCACCUACGGCAGCGGAUAUCAUUAG